AUGACCAUAGAACCUCGGAUGGAAGACUUGCACCUCAUUACAGAUGCCCUGAUCAUAUCCGCGGCAGUAGGAGACUACCGCAUGAGGCGAAUCCUGGUCGACACCGGGAGCUCGGAAGACAUUAUCUAUGAACAUUGCUUCAACAGAAUGCAACCAGAAGAUAGAAAGUUGCUUGAAUCAGUACACGCCCCCAUCAAAGGGUUCACAGGGGAAAAGGUAGACCCUAUUGGUCAAAUCACUUUCCCGUCUCCAUGGCGAGGUAUCGCCACUGUGUUCCGUGACAAGAUUGGAGAAGUACUAAGUACCAAACGAUGCCGCCAAGGGCCCACCGGAGCCACGGGCCCAGAAAGAUGGGUACUAAGCACACGCCAUCCGGACCAGAUGGUCACAAUCGGGGACACUUUGUCUCCAGAAGUUAGAAACGACCAGAAGCAACUGUUAAAAAGAAAUGUGGACAUCUUCGCUUUUGAGCAUUCUGACAUGACAGGAGUCCCCCGUAAUAAAGCAGAACACAAGCUCGCCACACUCCCAGGCGUUAAGCCGGUUGCUCAAGGUAAACGUAGCAUGGCCCCGGACCGACGGGCAGCGGUCGUCAAGGAAGUACGAAAAUUAGUGGAAGCUGGAAUCCUUAGGGAAACGCAAUACCAUACAUGGGUAUCCAACCCGGUUAUGGUAAAAAAACCAGAUGGCACGUGGCGAAUGUGUAUCGAUUUCAAAGAUUUAAAUAAGGCGUGCCCAAAGGAUGCAUACCCGCUACCCGAGAUUGAUUUAAAGGUCGACUCCCUGGUACCCUACCGAUUCAAAUGUUUCCUGGACGCGUAUAAGGGAUACCAUCAGAUUAAGAUGUCCAAAGAAGAUGAAGAAAAAACAGCGUUUAACACUGAUGUGGGCAUCUUCUGUUACACAAAAAUGCCUUUUGGCCUACGAAACGCAGGAGCUACCUAUCAGAGGCUAAUGGACAAGGUGUUCGAGACACAGAUUGGGCGAAAUUUGGAGGUCUAUGUAGACGACCUUGUAAUUAAAAGCAGCGAAGAAAAGCAGAUGUUAGCAGAUAUCGAAGAAACUUUUCAGCGGCUUAGAGAAUACAACAUAAAAUUAAACCCAAAGAAAUGCUCUUUCGGGGUGGAAGAAGGAAAGUUCUUGGGUGUAGUAGUCACCCGAGAUGGUUUUAAAGCCAACCCAGAGAAGGUUGCCGCCAUAGCGCGAAUGCCUUCCCCACGAACACUGAAGGAAGCUCAAGCCCUAAAUGGGCGAUUAGUAACGAUCAACAGGUUCUUAGCAAGACACGCCGAAAAAUCAUUACCCUUCAUAAAAACGUUAAAAGAUUGUCUCAACAAGAAAAACUUCAAAUGGACCAACGAAGCAGAGCAAGCUUUGCAAAACAUGAAACGUUUCAUAGAGGGGUUACCCAUGCUGACAGCGCCAAGGCCCAAUGAAGUACUAAAGAUGUAUUUAGCGGCAGCUCAUACGGCGGUAAGUGCUGUGCUCAUGGUUGAACGGGAUGGAAAGCAAACACCGAUAUAUUACAUAAGCCGGGUGUUAGCGGGACCUGAAACGCGGUACCCCACACUGGAAAAGCUAGUCUUAGCACUGGUACACGCCACAAGGCGACUGAGAAGAUAUUUUCAGGCACAUCGCGUGCAAGUCCUAACCAAUUACCCGCUGCAACAAGUCCUGCACAAGCCGGAGAUUUCUGGCAGGUUGGCCAAGUGGGCUAUUGAACUUGGCACCUUGGAUAUUGAAUAUCAGAAGCGAACGGCAGUUAAGGGGCAAGUGAUUGCUGAUUUUCUAGCCGAAAUACCGGAAGGAGAAGCUAUUGUGGACCCAGUCGUCCAGGACAUCCCGGAAUCCAGCACUGCCCGGCAGACUUGGAAGCUAUACACUGAUGGAUCAUCUAGUGGAAAGGGAUCUGGCGCCGGCUUAAUACUGAUAAGUCCAGAUGCAAUCAGGCUGAUGUACGCCUUACGUUUCGAUUUCGAAUGUUCUAAUAAUGAAGCGGAGUACAAGGCACUGCUAGCAGGUCUAAGGAUGGCAAAAUCCAUGGGGGCGGCAAGGGUAGACGCGUACGUUGACUCGCUGCUGGUCAACAACCAGGUAAACGAGACGUAUGAAGCCAAGGAUGAAUCAGUGGCGAAAUACUUGGCGAAAACAAAAGAAAUCAUGGAUUCUUUUGACAACGUCACGCUCAACCAUGUACAUAGAGGCAAGAAUCAGAUAGCAGACGCUCUCAGCAAACUCGCCACCUCAGGUAUGGAAAAGAAAGUCAAAGUCGAAACGCUGCAGACACCCUCAAUCGAACCACGGAAUGUUUCCGCCGUUACAAUGGAAGACCCUUGCUGGUACACUCCGAUUCUACGUUUCCUUGAGACAGGGGAGUUACCUCCCGCCAAGGGCGAAGCACAGAAGAUACAAACGAAAGCGCUACACUGCCAGAAAUUCGCUCCACAAACAAUAAGGCCUAAGAACAGCCUAGUGCCGGUGACAGCGGCGUGGCCUUUCCAGAAAUGGGCCGUGGAUAUCGUAGGACCUUUCCCGCCAGCCCCCGGAAAGUUAAAGUACCUGAUUGUGGCGGUUGAUUACUUCACCAAAUGGGUGGAAGCCAAGCCUUUGGCCAAAAUAAUGGCGGACAACGCCAAAAAAUUCCUCUGGGAACACAUAGUGUGUAGGUUCGGAUUACCACUCUACCUGGUGAGUGAUAAUGGAACACAGUUCACAGACAGAAUUUUCCAGGAAUGGUGCACAAAUCUCCACAUCCAACAGAUCUUCACAUCGGUCGCACACCCUCAAGGAAAUGGCCAGGUAGAGCGGACAAACAGAAGUUUGCUGGAUGGCAUCAAGAAACGACUAGGACACGAGGGAAGCUCCUGGGUGGAAGAAUUGCCAAAUGUCCUCUGCGCACAUAGAACAAUGCCCAAAACCAGCAACAACGAAACCCCGUUCAGCCUAACCUAUGGAGCGGAAGCAAUGAUACCCGCUGAAGCGGGAUUACCGUCACUACGCCGUCUCAACACAGGCGAUGACAAUGACAAAUCUCUAAGGGAAGGCCUGGACUUAUUGGAAGAAAGGCGCGAGGCAGCCGCCAUCAGCGAAGCAAAAUACAAGAAAGCAUUAGAAAAGUAUUAUAACAAGCGAGUGGCCAAACAGAACUUCAAAGCAGGAGAUUACGUCAUGCGUGACAACGAAGCAAGCAGGGUGGAACCUUCGGGCAAGCUGGGCCCAAACUGGGAAGGCCCUUAUGUCGUCCAAGAAGAUCUGGGCAAAGGGGCCUAUCGCCUAUCUCGACUAGAUGGCACACCAGUACCACGCAGUUGGAACAUCGCCCAGUUAAGAAAAUGCUACCUGUAA